UCAGGCGAGCACAUGGAAUAUGAUGCUUUCGUCAGCUGUGCGUAUGCUGAUAGGGAGAGAGCGAUUGAAAUGAUUAACAUGUUGGAGAGCAGAGGUUACAAAAUUUGCUACCACGAAAAGGAUUUCGUACCAGGCAAGCCCAUAGCUCUUAACAUUCUUGAAGCCGUUUUGUUCAGUAAGAGAGUUUUAUGCUUAAUGACGUUAGAUUUCAUCAACAGUCCCUACUGCCUCUUUGAAUUUCAAAUAUCUCUGCACAGAAACAUCGAGAUUAAAAAGAAGAGAUUGAUUGUGUUAAUGGAUGGUUCGGUAAAAGUAGAUCAAUGUUCGUUGCCGACUGAUUUGUACAAUUUUCUGUCAUCCCACACGUACAUCAAA